AUGGAGUUCAGCCUCUUCGAAAGCAGACCCCAAAGCCAGACUAUUAUCCUAGAAGUCUGUUUUGCGCCCUUGGGCCAAUCCGACAUGUGGUGCAGAGAGUCCCUCAUCGGCAACAAUGGCUACCCCUUAGAGACCCACGAGGUAGUCACCGAAGAUGGCUACAUGCUGCAGAUGCAUCGAAUACCCCACGGAAGGAUGGGUUCCUGCGCUCACAUCAGCGCUUCCAAGGACCGCUGGUGCGGAGGACGCGGUCCGGUCUUCGUCAUGACGGGCCUUCUCGCAGAUUCCGCGUCCCUGGUGCUCGACUUCCCUGACCAAUCACUCGGGUUCGUGCUGGCUGACAAUGGCUACGACGUCUGGCUCGGAAACACCCGGGGAAACACAUUCGGCAGGAGGCACCGAUCUUUGGAUGUUCGGUCGAGGCAGUUCUGGAACUUCACGUUCCACGAGCACGCUAUCUACGAUCUUCCCGCUCAGAUCGACUACGUGCUGAGCAACACAGUACAAAGGCAGCUUCUGUACAUUGGCCUCUCUCAAGGCACGCUCAGCUUCUUCACCAUGAUGUCCGAGAGACCCGAAUACAACGACAAGGUGAAGGCAUUCGCCGGACUAGCGCCCUUCCACAAGCUGGCUCACAUCGAAGUGCCACCACUCGCCAUCUUUGGCCCAUAUGCGGAAUCCCCGCUGCGCCUCGCUCAAGCGUUAGGUGGCUACGAGAUGCUCCCCAACGACUUCCAGCUCAUGAGCCUCGUGAGGCUAUUGUGCGGAAGGGUGGCCAAGCCCGUCUGCACUUUCCUCGGUGACAGGCUCAACAACCUCGGAAGCAGAUACAUCAACCUGGGCUUCUCCCCUGGUCCUCCGUCUCCCCGCAUUGUGCUGCGAGUGCACGUUGCGGGGAAAAGGAGAGACUGUAAUGUGAGGCCUUUGGUCCUUAGUGAGAUUAUGUUUGUGUUCCUCUUCUAG